AUGGCACCUCCACCAGAAUACACCCUCUCCCCCGCAUACCUCUCCGACAUCCCCGCCAUGCUCCCCGUCUACCACUCGGCCUUCACCGACGACCCCCUAAGCAGCUACACUUUCCCACGCUCUCGCAUCGCUCCUGAGGAAUUCACCCGCUGGCUCACCACGCGCUUCACCAUGCUCUUCCACCGGCCUGAAACCCGCUAUUUCAAAGUCGAAAAAGACGGCGAACUAGUCGCGUUGGCGCGAUGGAGUUUCCCGUAUCGGCUUAGUGAGGAGGAGAAAGCUAAGAGGGCAAGUGAUAAGGAGGAGAAGAAGAAGAGGGAUGAGAGGGAGGGACGGGAUACGGAUUGGCCGGUUGGUGCGAAUGAUGAGUGCUGUAGGGAGAAGUUUGGGGGGAUUGGGAGGGCGUUUGAGAGGUUCGUGGAGGAUCGGGAGGAUGUUUAUGGUAUUUACUUCCUUCUUACUUAUUUAUCAUAUAUUUGCCAUGUUAAUGGAUGCGUAGUUCUCGGUCUUAUAGGUGUUUCUCAAGAACACCGGAGAAAAGGUCUUGCUACUAUGUUGAUUAAUCAUGUGUUGGAUAUGGCGGAUCAAGAGGGGAAACAGACGUAUUUGGAUGCUACGGAUGAGGGAUGGUUUGUGUAUAGUAAACUUGGGUUUGAAGUUAAGGGGACGGUUGAGAUUGAUUUGACGAAGUAUGGGGGUGAGGGGAAGGCGAGGAAUAGGAAUAUGAUUAGGCAGCCUAAGAAGAUAGAGUAG